GUGAAAGGUCCUGUCUGUGCUGUAAUGUUCUAUGUUUGAUGUUUUCUUAUGUAAGGUUUGUUCUCAUACCUCCUUUUCUCUGUUAACAGAAGUGGCUCUGCAAGAACUUCAGCAGCAACUAGAGAGGUUGCAACAUGGUGAAUUGUCAGAAGAAGAAAAAGAGAGGUUGUUAAGUGAAGAGAGGAUGCUGAAGGAAAAGAUGGAAAAACAAAGAGACCGGAAAGGAACGUGUCGUCUUCCUCCACCACCACCACCAGAACAGAGAAGCGUGGAAGAAGCGCCAGCAGCUGCUGCAGCGGCACCACGUCCAUCAGCCGAGGCAAUGGGUGCCAGACCGAAAACUACCUAUGCUCGCAGGCGUUCAAACUUAUCAGUAUCUACAGCAGAACUCCAACCAGGCUGGAUGGAUACCCAACAGAUACGUCCUUCUGGCCUCCACCGGCCAAUGCCUUCUGUCACUGGCCCAUCCACAGCGUGUGAGAGCGGCCCAAGAGGAAGUGCGAUCCCUGCUCCAAAGCGGCAGAUACCCAGACCAUCUUCUCUGGCAGGUCCAUCCACAGCAUUGGACAGCAGUUUCAGAGGAAGUGCGAUCCCUGCACCAACCCGGCUACCGAGAUCAUCUGCCUUGCCCACUCCAUCAGGCUUGAGAGGAAGCGCAGUCCCUGCCCCGGUGCGGCAAAUUCCCAGACCAACCGUCCUGCCACAGCCAUCCGCUCUACAUGAGACCAGUUUGAGACGAAGUGCAACCCAUGCACCACAACGACAGCAAUCCAGAAUGCCGGCUCCCCGCAGUCAAAGACAAUCCACAGGAUCAAAGGUUUGCAAAAUGCCUCAAAGAAAAAGAAUGUAAUCGUAAAAAUAUGAGAAAGAAACUGAACGGCAAUUCCAAGUGCUUUGCAAACAAGAACGAUUUUAAGGUUACCGCGAUGAUGUAAUGCAUUCCCCAUACCUGGCAACAUGUCAAGAAUCAAUCAGAAAGGUCAGCAGUUACAAAAUUCAGGCAUAUGAAAAUGGACAACAGUUAGGUAUGGGAAAUGGCCAUUCUGGAGUCUGAAUUCAUGGAACAUCUGUACGAAGCAACUACCCUUUGCUCUGAUGUUGGUUAAAUCUACACUAAACAUCCACAUCUCCUGUGGGAGACAAUAUCUGUUUCAUUCAGCCGACUGAAGACUUAUGAGGUACAAUGGCUUGAGAAACUUCUUGGGGAGUGAAAUUCAUCCAGGGUUUACUUUCUAGGUGUCAGUGCAUAAACA